AUGUGGGUUUCAAGCUCAAUUCAUAACCUCAAGUCUUCUGUGUUGAAUCAUUGGUUUGCGAGAAACAAAGCUUUUGGGUAUAUCUGGUGUAGGACUUUUUUGCUUCCUUCGUUGGCUGAUUAUAACCACCACGGACUUGAGAGUGAUUCUGGUGAUUUAACCUGCUUUGCAUCAUCAAGACAUUGUCCUUCGAAUGCAGGAUUUUGUUCCAGUAAGCCUUUUGGUGAAGACAUUGAUACGAUUGUCAAGAAUAUCGUUGUAGUCCCAAGUGAUUGUGUUGAAACUAUUAGGAAUGUGCUUGUGAAGCACAAUUGGAUACAAAGAUUUGAUCUUUGUGGGUUUAGUAUUGAGCUUGAUCAGUACAAAGUCAUCAGGAUUUUGGAUGAUUUGUUUGAGGAGACUUCGGAUGCAUCUGUUGCUCUUUACUUCUUCAGGUGGUCAGAGUUGUGGAUUGGCGCUGAGCACUCUUCCAGAUCCAUCAGCCGUAUGGUACACAUUUUGGUAUCUGGAAACAUGAAUUAUAGAGCUGUGGAUAUGCUUCUCCAUCUGGUGAAGAGAUGCGAUGGAGAAGAGAGGUCGUUGUGUUUAGUUAUGGACGAUCUUUUCGAAACUCGUAUUGAUCUUCGUGUUUUAGAGACUGUGCUUUCCAUUCUGAUUGAUUGUUGCAUUAGAGAGAGGAAAGUAGGCAUUGCCCUGAAGCUAAGUUACAAAAUGGAUCAGCUUGGCAUCUUUCCUUCACGUGGAGUUUGUAUCUCGUUGCUCAAGGAAGUUAUACGAAUUCACAAGCUGGAGUUAGCUCGGGAAUUCGUUGAACGCAUGGUUAGUCGAGGGAGGCGUCUGAAUACUGCUGUGAUUAGCCUAUUCAUUAGUAGAUACUGCUCUGAUGGAGAUUUUGACAAAGGUUGGGAGCUGCUUAUGGGGAUGAAACAGUACUAUGGUGUUAGACCAGAUGUUGUGGCGUUUACAGUUUUCAUUCAUGGAUUAUGUAAAGCAGGCUUCCUCAAAGAAGCGACUUCGGUGUUGUUUAACCUCAAACUCUUUGGCGUCUCUCAGGAUUCUGUAUCCGUUAGUUCUGUUAUAGAUGGUUUCUGUAAAGUAGGAAAGCCAGAGGAAGCCGUUAAGCUCAUUCAUUACUUCCGUCUUAGACCAAACGUUUUUGUGUACAGUAGCUUUCUGUCGAAGAUAUGUAACGAAGGAGACAUGGUAAGAGCUUCUACUGUAUUUCAGGAGAUGUUUGAGUUGGGGCUCUUUCCUGAUUGUGUUUGUUAUACAACUAUGAUCAGUGGAUACUGUAGAUUAGGCAAGUUGGAUAAAGCUUUCAAGUACUUUGGAGCACUGUUGAAAAGCGGAAACGUACCGUCUUUGACAACGUACACACUGCUGAUUGGUGGUUGCAGCAAGUUUGGAAACGUAGGCGAUGCGGAAUCUCUGUUUCAGGGUAUGAUAACACAAGGUUUGGUGCCUGAUGUUGUAACGUUUAACAAUCUGAUGAAUGGUUAUGGGAAGAGUCAUCAGCUGAAUAAAGUUUUCGAGGUUAUUGAUAGGAUGAGAUCUGCUGGUGUGUCUCCAGAUGUUGCAACUUACAAUAUCUUGAUACAUAGCAUGGUCGUUAGAGGAUAUGUCGAUGAAGCAAACGGUGUGAUCAAUGAGCUUAUACGAAGGGGAUUUGUUCCUAGCGCAUUGGCAUUCACCGAUGUGAUUGGUGGGUUCUCGAAAAGAGGGGGUUUUCAGGAAGCGUUUCUGCUGUGGUUCUACAUGGCUGAUCUUAGAGUGGAGCCUGAUGUUGUAACGUGCAGUGCGUUGUUACAUGGGUAUUGCAGAGUGCAGAGGAUGAGUGAGGCUAUGGUUUUGUUUGAUAAGUUGCUUGAUGCAGGGCUAAAGCCAGAUGUGGUUUUGUAUAAUACACUCGUCCAUGGAUAUUGCAGUCGAGGGGAUAUUGAGAGAGCAAGCGAGUUGAUUGGAUCGAUGGUUCAGAGAGGAAUGUUUCCGAAUGACAGCACUUAUGUGGCACUUGUUGUGGGGUUUGAGAAGAAAGGGUUUGUGAAAUCAGAACAGCAUGCAUCUAUGUUACUUGCAGAGAUUAUUUUAGCAAAUACUGCUAAGUGA